AUGAGAUUUACUGGACUAGUUUUUCUUUCUAUGUUUUUUCAGGGAAGAACGUACAGCUUCAUCAGUUCUAGCUUAAACUCAAAACGAAUAAAAUUUACAUAUAACACGAUUGGUACAUACAGAAUUAGAAAAUUUGCAUAUGUUGUUCCGGUGAGCAAUUUUCACGAUAAAAAAAAAAAAAAUUAUGCCCUGUUUUGCAAAAAUAUUAAUAGCAGUAUUAAUGCCAAUAUGAGUAUGGGUAUGAGUAUGAAUAUGAAUGUUAGUACCAAUGCAAACAGUAGUGUUAACAGGAAUGUGAGCAGCAGUGUGAACAGUAAUGUUAACAGUAGUAUAGACGAAACACGAACGGUGGAGCAGCAAAUUGAAAAGUACAGUCAAGAAAUAUCGUCGCUAAUAGAAAGGAAUGAAUCAAUCAAAGUUUUGGAUAAUGAUGAAGAACUAAAAAAAGAAUAUAGGGAGAAUGAAAAGUUGUUAGAAGAAAAGAAAAAUAAAUUGAAGUCGUUAUACACUGUUCCAAGUGAACCAUUAAAAUUAGUUGAAAAUAGAACCAAAUUAGAAAAUUUAAUAAAGAGAAAAUUCUUUUACACAAAUUCAUUUGAAAUAUAUGGUGGUGCUUCUGGGUUAUAUGAUUAUGGUCCAUCUGGCUGUUUAUUAAAAUCAGAAUUAGAGAAUUUAUGGAGGUAUCAUUUUACAUUUUAUGAUGAGAUGCUAGAAAUAAGGGGUUCUUGUAUUACCCCUUAUAAUGUUCUAAAAGCAUCUGGACAUGUUGAUCGGUUCACUGACUUGAUGAUACGAGAUGUAGUUACAAAAGAUUGCUAUAGGGCGGAUAAAUAUUUAUUUGAAUUUUUAACAAAUCUGAUGGAGGAAAUGAAGAAGGGAAAGGAGCAAAGGUGCGAUCGAGUUAAUGAAAAGAGGGAAAAGGCAGAUUUGGAUCACUAUGCAAAUAAAAGGGAUAUUAGUAGUAAUGAUGCGAAUAAAAAGGAUGAAGAGUGUUUCCAUGUGCAACUAGCCGAAAUAGAACUUAUUUUGAGAAAACUAGAUGGUAUGAAUCAGGAAGAAAUUAAAGAAAUUAUCAAAAGGUAUAAUGUCAAAUCUCCUUUAAAUAAUGAUCUGUCGGACCCCUUUCCCUUCAACUUGAUGUUCCAGACAAAAAUUGGACCCAAAGGGGAUGAGGCUGGAGGUGCAGCUGGAAGUGAUAAGGACGUAGGAAACGAAAAAGGAGGGGCAAUUUCAAGUGGGAAGGUGGUUGGGGAUGGAUAUCUCAACGAAGAGGAAAGCCACUUAAGUAGCAUUGCCUUCUUGAGGCCAGAAACAGCGCAAGGCAUUUUUGUAAAUUUCAAAAAAUUGCUGGAUUAUAAUGGGGGGAAAAUGCCUUUUGGGUGUGCACAAAUUGGGUUAGGAUUCCGAAAUGAAAUAUCACCAAGAAAUGGAUUAUUACGAGUAAGAGAAUUCGAAAUGGCAGAAAUUGAAUACUUUGUAAAUCCUAAUAAAAAAGAUCAUGAAAAAUUUGAUUUAUUUAAGCAUUUGAUGUUACCGUUAUAUUCUAGAGAUAAUCAACUCAGUAGUGAAGCAAUAAUUAUGAAAAAUAUUUCUUUAGAAGAAGCCGUCAAAAAAGGGAUUAUAGCAAAUGAAGCGUUAGGCUACUUCCUUGCUCGUACAUAUUUAUUUUUAUUAAAAUGUGGAAUUAACAAAGAUGGAAUAAGGUUUAGACAACAUUUAAAAACAGAAAUAGCACAUUAUGCAAAUGAUUGUUGGGAUGCUGAAAUAUUAACAUCUUAUGGUUAUAUUGAAGUAGUUGGUCAUGCAGAUAGAUCUGCCUAUGAUUUAAAGCAUCAUAUGAAAUUUACUAGUGCAAAUUUAUAUGCAUGCGAAAAAUAUAACGAACCGGUGGAAGUAGAAUGUGUGAAAAUUAUUCCUAAUAAAGCAAAAAUAGGAAAUAAAUUUAGAAGAGAUCAAAAUAAAAUAUAUAUUUGUUUAAAUCAAAAAAGUAAUGAAGAUCUGUUACAUAUUGAUGAUGAAUUAAAUAAACAUAAUAAAUAUAUUUUAAAAGUUUCCACCGAACAAGAUGAAAGAUCUGUGUGUUUCGAAUUAACAAGAGAUAUGAUUUCUUUUCAAAAAUUUACAAAAAAAGUGCAAGAGGAAAAUUUCAUCCCUAAUGUUAUAGAGCCAUCUUUUGGUAUUGGCCGCUUACUAUUUUGUAUAUUAGAGCAUUCUUUUAGGAUUAGAAUUUUUACGGAUGAUAAGGAAGAAAGAUAUUAUUUAGCCUUACCUUAUAGAUUGGCCCCAAUUAAAUGCUCUAUAUUGUCUAUAUCAAAUAAUAAAUCUUUUCUCCCUUUUAUUAAACAAGUACAAAUGUUAUUAAUUGAAUAUAACAUAUCAUCAAAAAUUGAUAAUUCCAGUGUAUCUAUUGGUAAAAAAUAUGCUAGAACAGAUGAAAUAGGUAUACCAUUUGCUGUUACUAUUGAUUUUCAAACCAUAAGGGAUAAAACUAUCACACUGAGGGAAAGGAAUUCAAUGUUACAGAUCAGGAUUGACGUUUCUGAGCUCGUCGAAAUUGUGAAUUCGUUGAUAAGUCAGAAGAAGAGCUGGGAUGAGUAUGUUUCCAAAUAUGGUCUAUUCACACAGCAAAUAUUGGAAACAUGA